CAUUGAUUCAGCAUUUAUUCAGAGAUGCCGCAGUCGCAAAGGGAGAGAUCAGUACCAGCUGUUGACGAGGAGACGGAGAAGCAGAUCAUUGCCUUGAAGGAAACGCUCGCAGCCAGAUCAGAUGCAUCGGAUUCAGACUCUUCAGUCGGCGCAGCGACUCACAACCGUGGGCGCAAGCUGAAGCGCAAGGCUCGCUUUGUGCACAAAGGCAAACUCAACUUGCCGUACGGUCUUCAAACCGAUCGCGAGGUCGUCGAAUAUGCCAACAAGAAACGCGCGAUCAUCCGCCGCCGCGACGUCCCAACCUUCAAAUCCACCCGCAAACCCACCGACUCCGACGACGAAGAAGACGACGAUCAAACAGAAGGUGCCUCGGACACCGAUCCAUACGCAGCCGUCGACCUGAACGCGCUUCUCCGCCCGAUCGCUCACCCAUCCGAUCUUCUCCGACACCCAUCGUACCAGAACACGUUUCAGCGGAGUACGCUACCAUUACUCGCGACACAAGCUUUGGACGCGAUCAGCACGGAGCAUAGGCAUACGAUUUGUUUGAGUAGGCUGUUGACUGCGUUUUUGGGUGAUGACCCGACGUGGGUGUUGAUGGAGAAACAGGCCAAGGCCCUGAGAGCACAAAACGAGGAGGAGCAGGUGGACGAAGAAGCAGAUGAGGAGGAGGAGGGAGAGCAAAGCAGCUCUGUCCCAAGCGGACCAGCAAACAGCCACGAUGUAUCGGACUUCCCGGAUGGUGAAACAAUACAGCCAUUCUCCGAGACCGAAUCAGAGCCCGCGACGGAGCCUGCGACUCAGCUUCCCACGGCACCACCAACAAAUGAAUCCAGCUCGGUGCAGAACAACGACAGCCUGCCGGAGUCUAUCGAAAGCGUGAAUGGUGUCGUCAACGCCAACGCGGAACCCGCAGCAGCCGCUGUAGUGGAGGAGCAACCAGCUACAGAGAAUGUCGAUGCGGCUGCGGAGGUUGAGAAGGAGCAGACGGAUGCGGCGGCGCCGCCAGCGGGUGAGGAGCAUGUUGACGCGCCUGCGGAACCUUCAGUGGAGAAUCCCGCGGAACAGCCUGCUGAAGGUGUGGUUGAGGCUGAGGUUACUGGGGAGGGUGAUGCGACUAUGGGCGAGACGUCGUUCAACGGGACUGAAUAUGACGCCGAUGCCGACGCCGACGUCGACCAAGAAGUGAACGGCGCAGACGAGGAAAUGAACAACGACGACGACGAAGACGACGAAGACGAACCCACCGCCCCCGCGCGCCGCACAACCCGCCAAGCAACGCUCGCCACACUCUCCGCCCACCUCCAUUCCCAUUCCCACCUCGCCGACGACCCCCUCUUCACCUCCGGCGGCGUCGACCGCGAUCUCGGCAUGGACCACACAGCCGCCGAAGAAACACGGCGAUUAGUCCAGGCGGCAUUGGAGAGGAGUGAGGAGUUUUUGAGGUGUUUGGGGGCUGUGAGGAAUGGGUUGAACCGGGCGGAGAGGUUGAGGGGAAAGGUUCUGGGGAUUGCGAGGGGGGAUGAUGGGGAGCAGGAUGUUGUUUAGGGUUGCCUUUGGGAUUGGUGCAGCGUCUUUUUUCGUAAUGAAUAGCAAAGUGUCCCUUGUUUUUCGG